AUGGGUUUGCCGAAUCGGAAAAGCCAAUGAAGAAGAGGAAGGGGAGUCAUGAGGUUGAAUCGGAACCAGAAAAGAGCAAGAAGAAGAAACGCUGCACCCCCUGCUAUGAAUUCCUACCGGAUUAUGACCCUAAGGCGGCGGAUUCUGACUCUGAGACGGUGGUUGCAACUCCAUUAGAAUUCGAAGAUAGUGAUCCCAGGAAAGUACUGAAUUCCACCUUAGUCUGUGUCCAACAAACAGAAUAUGCCUCUAGACCACCGAAGCUCCAAACACCACAAGAAAAGGUGAUGAAUGAAAUCGAAGACGAUCUGUUCCAAUUGGAUAUGACAUUGGCAUGGUUUGGCUCUGCAGCUGAGAAUAUGGAGGAAAUUUUGAAGGAGAAGAGGGUGGGAGGUACUGGUAUCAGAGAACGUCUUACCACCAUGAACUGGAGGUGCAUUGAAAACCUGUAUAAAAAAUGUCCUGAUUUUCUAGAGUCUUUGUCUGAAAAUCCAGUUGUGUGUCUGCCUGUCCUAUCAAAGCAACUACGGCGGAAAGAAGAGGAGCUGAGGGAGAUGAAAGAAGAGAAGAUGCAGAAGAUUCCUGGGGCGUUGGAGGAGAAGAAAGAAGAGUUGAAGCGGCUUAACUCGGGCCUAUCCUGCUCGGUUUGCCGAGUUUCCCUUGGGAUUAUGCAGGGAGUUGACUGUAUAUGUUUUCUCUAGGGAUUAUGCAGUGUAUUGAUUGUACAAGUUUUUCAAAGUCUUUAAAGUUUAAACCCUUUAUUGUAUAGAGCUACUCUUGAUUAGAUUAAUGCCAUUCUAUUUUUCAUUAAAUGUCUCCUGCUUUG